AUGCGACUUUUGAUUUGGAACACAUCAAGGGGGCGUAGCAGUGAGUGGAUGGGUGCACUGUGGAGGGACGCCCUGUCAUCAUGUCUUUCAUUCUACGACCAGUGCGCAAGAUCGUCUGGUUCUUACCAUUCUAUGGCAGGAGACAAGCACUGGCAUUAAUUAAACUACUGUUCUGCACCUUCAUUGGAGUUGUCCUGGUUCUCUACACAUGGCCUGAUGAAACACUAAACAAAACCAACAUCAGAGAGUUUGGAUGCACCGGGAGACAUGGGUGUACCGAGAGGGGCGGGGAAUUCAAGGAACCGGCCCCGCCCCUCCCAAGGCUGACAGCAACAGUGCGCAUCAACGCUACCACCAAGACUCCACUGCUCGAGGAGAAGGAGAAACGACUUGAGCCGAAGAAUUGGAACGGGCAGGGAUACACGCCUGUGUCAAGUGAUAUGAAGCCUCUACGUCACUGCAAGCAAUGUGCUCUCGUCACAAGCUCCGGGCAUCUCAGUGGUAAAGGAAUGGGGCAAACAAUAGACAAUUCUGAGUGCAUUAUACGUAUGAACGCAGCUCCAACACUGAAUUACACCAAGGAUGUUGGAAGUAGGACUACAUUUCGUGUCAUUGGACACAGAAACUUCCCACGUAUGUUUGAUACAGAGGCUGAGAGAAGACUCUAUUUUGUGAACACAACCACAAAGUCUGAAGCAAUCGUUGUACUUUGGCUUUACAGUGUGAAUGUGAAUAGGAAUUUGGAACUGAUUUUGUCAAAGAAAUUUGCGCAGAAGUACAAAGAUAUCUCAUUUUAUCUUACGAACCAAGAGGUGAUGAACCGGAAUGUGGAACUGUUUUAUCAGGAAUUGGGAACGUCAAAAACUAAAGGUCGUCUGUGGAUGUCAACAGGAUGGGUAGCUAUGCUGUUUGCACUGGAAGUAUGCAACUCCAUAGAUGUCUAUGGAAUGAUUUAUGAUGAUUAUUGCAAGGAGCACCCUAAUGACCAAACCUACUAUCACUACUUUGACAAAGUGCAGACAGAGUGCAAGUACUACGAGAAGAGUGAAAGACGACUGACAUCUGGCCACAAGUUCAUGACGGAGAAGGUGGCCUUUGGCCGCUGGGCGUCCAAGUACGACAUCCGCUUCCACACACCCUCAUGGGAGAACCACCAGUACAACCCUAACGUUCAGAAGGAGACAGUCUUCCAGAAGGUUUAUAUGCAGUAUAAAGAGAGGCUGAAUAACAGAUCAAACGAGGUUAAAGUGAAUAGAAAUUCCAUGGUGGGAAAAGCUAAGGACAACCAAAGGACGAACACCAAUGAGGAGGAAAACAAUGUUCCUCAAGACAACAAGGGUUUCAGGACAGGGGGUGAGAAUGGUGCUGCAGGGGAGGGCGUGGCUAUUCCAGAUGACAAAGGUGCUAAUAAAGAUUGUGGUGUUAAAGCUGAUAAAAAAGAGGGCGUGAUGGCGGAAGAGGAUUGCGAUAGAGAAGAGGCGGAGCGAGAACUGGAUGCAGAUUUGAUUGAAGACCUUGUUCCUUGAGGAAUUAGGUGUGCAUAGGAUGUAGGUGUCCGUACCUGAUGGCGAUGGUAGUGCUUCAGACAUCCUGCUGCAAUAGACAUACACAAGGUCUAUGCGAAUGCAGAUGCUGCAAAGCAUCCUUUGAUAUCAAUGCUGCAACAAUCUGGUGCCAUGCUGACCUGCAACUGUUAGUACAGGACGACCACCAAUGUACCCUGUACAGUGCAAGGCAUCACAUGCAAAGUUGAAAAACAAAGAAUUGAAGAGGAUUGGCACAGUUUACUUCCAACUCAAGGUUCCAUGUAAAGCUAUCUUGAUAUCAGUGAUAGAAUGAGAUAGUGUACAUGUACCUUUAGAUAGUAUGAACGCUUUUUUAUAUUCAUUUAUUUAUUUAAUAUUCAUUUAUAAACAUGCAUACAUUUGUGACUGAAACAAACUGAACUAUUGUUGAAGUUCUUUGACCCAUUUGUAAGAAAUGGAUUCUGUAGUGCUCAUUAUAUUGUACAUGUGGGAAAUAUUUUCAGGGAGAAAAUUUAAGGAAAGCAUACAAAAUAUACUGACCGGUGUUUGUUUUGGAAUGGAUCACAAAAGUAGAGACAAAUUGUAGUCAAAUGCAUGGCUAGAACAUGUAUGCAGAUCUUGGAUUUUUCUAAAGCUGAAUAAAGAUUUCAACAAAAAAAAAACAAGAAAACAUUGAUUUGCCCAAAAUGGGAGCGGAUUUGAUAAUAAAUCUGCAGGACUUUACUUGGAGAUGUGUAUUCUUUCUGCUACGUGCACUUAUUAGAUGUACAUGAAUACAUAUGCAUGCUUGCAUUAAUGUAGUUUUCAAACACUAGUGAAUUCCUCCACUCUGUUUUAACUGUAAAAUGAUUUAGCUCAGGAUACAGUGUAUUUCUUAUGGAGCACAGGGGAGACUUUAACAACUCAUCCACCUCUCUGGAAAGAAGAAAGCAAGAGAAUCAAAAGCCUCAAGGAGUGCUUAUCACAAUCUCUGUGGUCUUUGUUUCAAGUUAAACACAGGUAAUGACUUGUGUCAAUAUAACUUGGCUCCAUAUAUUGUAGAGUGUUUGAUAAGAGGCUUUAUGGGACAAUCAGGAAUGGUGCUAUGACAUUUAGCUGUGUUUAAUCAACACUUGUUUGCCAUAGAAACACGUUUUCAAAAUUAUGCAUUAUUGUUCAAACCAGGUUUUUUAUUGGUUUUUCAUAGGUCAUAAAAUGAAUGUUUCUGAACACAAACAUGAAACACUGAAAAAAGGGUGAGUAUUGUAAUGCAGUUUCACAGCACCAUGGAUGUCCAUUGAAUGCUACGAAGAUCAUAAUCAUGAUUCUCCACCGGCUUUCUUGUGGUGUAGACAUGCAUUGCAUUCAAUCAGACGUUGACCUUUACUGCAUGGUACUGCGUUGCAUGGUGGCUGGGCUUAAAAGUGGGGAAAAUAGUGUAAUUGAAUGUUCUUGGGAAGUAACACUUAGUUUUGAGCAUGAAUCAAUCUUUUUAAAAGAUUAAACAAUGACCAGUACACCAGUUUUUUACAGUACUAAAGGACAAGUCCACCCCAACAAAAAGUUGAUUUGAAUAAAAAGAGAAAAAUCCAACAAGCAUAACACUGAAAAUUUCAUCAAAAUCGGAUGUAAAAUAAGAAAGUUAUAACAUUUUAAAGUUUCGCUUAAUUUCACAAAACAAUUAUAUGCACAUCCUGGUGGUUAUGCAAAUGAGGAGACUAUGAUGUCAUCCACUCACUAUUUUUUUUGUAUUUUAUUAUAUGAAAUAUUCCAAUUUUCUCCUCAUUGUCAAGUGAUAAAACGAUUAAUUCCUCCCUGAACAUGUGGAAUUAGCAUUGUUAAUACUAUAUGGUUCAGUCAAGUUGGUCCUUAUUGUCAAAUCUGUAAUAAAUGAAAUAUUGUAUAAUUCAAACAAUCAAAAACAAAAGAAGUAGUGAGUGAUUGACAUCAUCGACUGACUCACCUAGUUGUGCAUAUCACUGUUUUGUGAAAAAUAAGCGAAACUUUAAAAUGUCAUAACUUAUUUUACAUUCGAUUUUGAUGAAAUUUUCAGCACAAUGCUAGUUUGAUUUUUCUCUAUUUAUUGAAGUCAGCAUUUUCCUGGGGUGGACUUGACCUUUAAACUUUCCCCUCCAAAAUUGUAGUCUAUGCAAACAUGUACAGUAUUCCCUUUAAUUAUGACUUGCAUUUUAUCGUUAUUUGAUUAUUAGAUUUGUAUCCCCCUAGUGGGUCACAGUGUACUGAGGAGGCGAUACACAUCAUACAUGGUGCUUAUAUUCCAUCGUUAAUUAAUCUUCAACUAUAAAUAAUCAUGGUGUGAGGGAGGAAUAUAUUUUUAAAAAAGAGAACACCUCCCCAAAAUGGCUUUAUUCUUUAAAUUUCUACAUGUAUAUUUUUUUGUUUUGUUUCUUUCCGUUGUGUACUACAUAUCGCUGGCAUUCGCAUGUGUAUUAAUUUAUUUAUGGACACAGACACACGGUCAUUCAAAAUGAAAUUUAAAGUAUUAAUUUUUUUAAACAUUAAAAGGCAUUAUAUUUAAUAGUUUUAGACAGUGCACUUCAUACAUCAGUGUUCUUUUUUUAUAUCUGGGAAGAAGAUCUUACAAUACUUGCUUACAUAAUAUGUAUUCUAAUACUGAUAUUUUUUUCAUGAGAUGUCUGAAGCAAAUUUGGUACUUCCACUGACCCUUAUUUAUACAUACAUUGUACCAACAAAAGUAUUACAUCUAGAAUAAUCGCAGAAUUUUGCAGAGAGCUGGGGAGCGUUUCAUGAACAUUUUCAUCUGACAAGUCGUCAGGUCUGACAACUUUCCUUGAGAAUGAUUGGCCGAGAGUCACUGUUACCAUGGUAACUGUCGGAUAAAACAUUUCUUGUCGGAUAAAACGUCUGACAAAUCCUUUCAUGAAACGCUCCCCGGGUGUAUAUAAAAGGGGAACUAGAGUGUCAUAAGGUAGUGAGAUUUCGAGGGUCUGUGAAUUGUGAGAGCACUUUCAUCUGACAUUUCAGAGCUGACAAAAAAUCACAAAUGUGUUGUUUGUCCAGAAUCACUGACGAAGCUGCUGUUUUGAUUCACCGACGGUCAACACAGACUUCGUUAUCAUGAAGGGCAUUUGACAAUAGAUUCUCUAUGUUCCAGAAAGUGUAUUUGUAUGUAGCUGUUGCAAAAACUCUCUCAAGCUGCGGGUCAUUCAAUGUUAUAUAUUUAUGUAUAGUCCUGGUGGACACUGUCGUUACAAGGUGGAUAUUAUGCUUAUGUACACAUAAACACAUAAAAGAGGCUGUUUUACUGCAAAAGGGUACCAAAAUCAUCAGGGUAAACACUAUACCACUCAACAGACUGGAUAUAAAGGGUAUAUAAAUCCAUACGAUCAUUAAACUAUACUAUAAGGGGCAUUAUUUACAUGUGAGGUGGGGAUUAAUAGUACUGACUACUUGGUUGUUCUGAGAUCGAAGGAUAUAUGUUUUACUUGGUCAGGGUCAAUUUGAAGGUCCACAUGGAACAUUACACAUGUAUUUACUGUUUAAAAAAAUUGUGAAGAUGUUAAUAUCAGGACAUGUAAGUUGCAAGCAUUAUAUUACCAAAUUAAUUACUGUACACCUGUAGUGUUUAAAUGUUAAUUUAUGAUUGAUUUAGGUAAUUGCCAGAUGAAUGUGAUGUGCAAAAAUGUAUAGAUAGACAAAUAGCUUCCCAUUUUCUUUGCCAACUUUAGAUGUUUGUGCUAAAUCAUUACAGUGAAGCUUCCUAAUUAUUUUAGUCUCUGCCUCAUAAGACUCAUUUUAAUACAUACUAGUCAUACACAUACUUGUAUUUCAAAUGUGUAUGUUUGGCUGUAUCAAGCUAUUCAUCAUGUAAAAUGUAUAAUGUGGAAGAUCCCCCCCCCCCCACCCCCUCAGAAAAAAAAAUUGCCCUGUCUUUAUAUGUACAAUUUAAAUAUGGUAUUGAUACCUGUCACUUUUUAGAUAUUGUUUAUCACAUGCAGCGAUGUGAAUGAAUUUUUUUUUCAGUCUUCCUCAUUUAAAAAAAUUGAGGUACAUACAUGUAUAGUAUUCAAAAAGGAGUAGAUAUGAAAAAAAAAAUUUAAACACUAUUAAAGAGAGUGUUUUGAUGCUGAUGCACAACUCAGAAAGAAAGUAUUUAUAAACUGAACUUUUCUCUGUCUUCACCCCUCUUCCUCUGUACCCCCCCC